UUACCGGAAGUUGUUUCAGCUGCCAUGUUUGGUUGCUUUGUUGUAGGCUUCUACAAGGUUUCCUACAGAAUUAGUAAGUGUGGAAAUGGAGCCGAGCUGGAGUACGUUUCUUUUUCAACAGGCCAAUGAAGCCCUCCACCACCAGCACCAUGUGGCCCAGAACAGCCUGUUGCCACUUCUCAAUGCAGGAGUCGAACAAAUUGACCAGAAGCCUAUCCUGCCCCUCCACCUAGAACAGAAGCCCCCGACCAGCGCUGCAGAACUCCUCAAAGACAAUGUGGCCAGUGGAGGCGGCGGGCGGCCACCAGUUCCCGUCAUCAAGAAGGAACACAAAGGCAAGACGCCGUUCGUCUGUGGCUACUGCAACAAGGCCUUCCGCGACAGCUACCACCUGCGGCGCCACGAGUCCAGCCACACCGGCAUCAAGAUGGUGUCACGGCCAAAGAAGACCGCCCAGACGGCCCCGACCAUGGUACCCAUGAUCUCCACCAUGUCGCGAGACCACAACGGCCACCCGUCCUACAUCUCCACGGUGGCGGGAAUCCUCUCAACGGCGACCACCUCGGUUUCUUCGGGUGCGAGCAUCAUGACGUCAUCCGCGAUGGGCAACAUGCAGCAGCAAAACGCCCCCAAGAAACCCGCCAAACCGGUCAAGAAGAACCACGGGUGCGAGAUGUGUGGCAAGGCCUUUCGUGAUGUCUACCACCUGAACCGCCACAAGCUGUCCCACUCGGACGAGAAGCCUUUCGAGUGCCCCAUCUGCCAGCAACGCUUUAAGAGGAAGGACCGCAUGACGUACCACGUCCGCUCUCAUGACGGGGGAGUCCACAAGCCCUACGUUUGUUCAGUGUGUGGGAAAGGCUUUUCCAGGCCAGACCACUUGAGCUGCCAUGUGAAGCAUGUGCAUUCCUCAGAAAGGCCGUUCAAAUGUCAAGUAACGGCCUGUACCUCUGCUUUCGCCACCAAAGACCGACUGCGCUCCCACAUGAUCAGACAUGAGGGCAAGGUGACCUGCAGCAUCUGUGGGAAGAUGCUGAGUGCAGCAUACAUCACCAGCCAUCUGAAGACCCACGGACAGACCAACUUUAACUCCUGUAACAAAGAAGGUAACGGAGUCUGCAAUUCUAACUCGGCUACACCCGUGACCAUUUCUGCCCCCAUCACCUCUUCGAUGAACCGGGGCCACUCCAACAACCCGGUCACCAUCGCGGCGCAAAUGAACAUAAGCACCAACACGGUCAACAUCACGUCUGCGAUGGGCCUCCAGCACCCGGUCACCAUCACCGGGCCCGUCAACAUCGCCUCCGUCAACAUCCCCACAUCGGGGCAAAUGAAUAUCGCCCACCCGGUCGCCAUAACAACCUCCAUGCCCAUGAAUAUGGCCGGUCCGCUCAACAUCGCCAUGAGAUCGAUGGAUAGCAUGCCUUUCCUGUCCCAAGUCUUGCCUUCUUCCCCACCCUGGUAAGAUGCCGGGUGUCGACCUGGGCAAGAAGGAAAGGGAAAAUGAAGUGACACAAGAGACUCCUGUCCUCCCCCCCCAAACCCCCCUCCACCACGUUUACUCACCCUCCCCCCCCUGAAGUGAACAUAUACACGAGCUGUGCGGCCGGUAGGAGCUCCCCGAGUCACAGCUAAAGUGACUGACACCAGAUGCAGAACACUCGAGUAGAAAUCGCAUAGGAUUUAUCUUGAAAUCAGGACAAGACUUUUAGAGUAGUCAGUUAGAGUGAUGAAACUGUGAUUUGUAUAACGAGAAACGAGAGGAGGCGAUUCCUCGACGGACUCCGUAGGAAACACACCCCUGUGCUUUUGUAAAAGGGAGAUGAGAAACGGACUGAAGCAAUAACUAUGAAUUGCUGUUUUUGGUGUUUUUUGCAAGUUCUCUCCUAAAGCCUCUGGGUGUUACUUUGUAUGUUUCUUUUUUUAUUAUUAUUAUAGCCUGCUAAUCACUAUUUAAUGUUAUAGGAAAUGAGUCUAGUAAAAGGGACAGCAGCUUCCAUUUGCAUGGAAGUAUAUUUUUUCACAGUAUAGCGUUUCUUCUUCUCAGAUAGUAGCUCUUGAGGUACUAACUUGUACAGUUGACAUAGUAAUGUAUUUCCAUGUCAGCAUUUUUAAAUGUCUUGCUUUUUUCGAUCAAGCGGACGUCUCAACGCGCAGUCCUCUUGACAAUGAAAUGUUUUUUUUGGGGGGGGGUUCUAAAGGUAUGGAAACAGAAAGGUUUGUAUUCUUUUAUUUUGCCUUUUUCGUUGUUUUCAGUUUUCCAUGAAGUCAGUAUGGAAUGAGUCUUGCACUGAGAGCAUAUCCUACACACAGGUGGACAGCAGUAUUAUCAAAGAUCAAAUCGGAGUGUUUCGAUUAGUAAGCCUGCACUUGAGGGCCAUCUAGUGGCGGAACAGCCUGGCCUUGUAGUGACGCUUUUUCAGGCUGUAGUAAUAACUUAUUAGUUUUGUCUGACUCUUCUGUACACUGUUUAAAGAAAAAAGACUAUUAAUGUUAUCUCCCCAAAACAAUACUAAGGACCCUUCACUCAGGAAACACACAUAAAAAUCCCAUUUCACAUAAACUUAGUUCCUUUUUUAAAAUUAACUAAAUCUACCAUGUCCCUUUUUUUUAGAUUCCUUAUAUCAUUGAGCAUUGUCCCGUUGUAAGACUUUACUACAGUCGGGGACAAAAAGUCUGAGGAUCAUUGAUUUUGAACAAAGCCGUCCAUUUGAAUAAUAAUUCACUGUGCAAUGGCCUACAUGCUGCACUCUUUUCCCCCCCUACAUUUUAAAGGCAAGUUCACUCUCUGCCUGAAAUCUGAAUGAUAAAAAUGUGUCUGAAAAAAAUUAAGGGACAGGAUCGAUGUUGCAUGACCCCCCCCCAAACACUGUAGCUAUUGAACAUUUUUACUGAAUGCCAUGUUGCAGCUCUGUGUCAAUGCAAUACGCAUGUUUGUCACCCCCCCUCCAAGUUUUGUUUAAAACAAAAUACUAGUGUAGUUCCUUUUUCUUUGUUCUUAUGCAUUUACGUAGAUACACUAUGAUAGCCUGUUUGCCAAAUUUGAUACGAUAAUAAUGUGAUAAACUGAUCAUUUCUGGUGGAAUGGAUGAACAUCUCUUUAUUUUUUAGGAAAAGAAAAAUAAUUGAAAUUCCAGGACCCUUGUGAAAGCAGUUGAAUGUAUAUCUUUGUACAAAACUAUUUUAGUUCCAAGGAUAUGGUAGUUACGAUAGAUGUGAAAGAUAAGAUAACCUUUUUUUAUAAAUCUUUUGUAUUAGAACAUUAACAAUGGUCAUUUUGUAUAUAUGAGAGGCUAGGCUUUCUGAUUAGCAGAAAGGUCAAACAUUCCUACAUUUUUUUAAAUGUAUGUUUGUCAAAUUAUUACAUAAACAUGCGCAAUGUUAUGUGCCUUUUAUUUGGGUUGUCUAAAUAAAAGAAAACUAUCAAAUGUG